CGAUUUCUAAAAGCGUCAACAAAAAACAAUAACUUUGAUUGUCAACAAACAUUACUUUUUAUAUGGUUGAUAAGAACUCUGUAUUAAUUAUUUUAAAUUCAUUAGAUCUUCUGAGAACGCAGAAGAGAAUUAGAUAUAGAUCUACUAGUCUAGAUCUUUCUCUAAAGAGAGAGACUUAAAAUAAAAGUCUACUAGUACUACUACUGUAACUGUAACUCACAAACUCUGAAACUCAAACUGUGUCUGUGAAGUCUGUGUUGUUUACUGCUGAUAAUGUAAACUGUUGUGAAGGGAUCUCAUGUCACUGUCAGAUGACCAUGGUUGACCUUGUAUCACACAGACUGUAGUGUUUAUGUUUAUAGCAACAUAUCACCAACUGCCCUUAAUAAUGUUUGGCGCUGGCUUUAGUCACUGAUGUUGUGAUGGAGCUAAACCGUGAUUUUAGGUGUGAUGUUGUAUCACCUGGCCAUACAAACUUACAAGAGCAUUUUGAAGGUGAUGCGCAAGGCCUUGCAUUAGGUCAGAUUGCCAGCUCUGUUGGACUCUCAAACAGCAAAGCCCGGCAAAAAUAUUUUAUAGCCUCAAACAAUGGGUUGAAGUCUAUUGAAUGCUCACUUUCACUACAGCCAGAUGAAAUACCUCAAACUGCCAAGGAAAAUGUAGAUAGCAAUGUUAUUAAUAACAGUUCUGAGGCAAGCGUUAUCAAGUGUAGAUAUAACAAUGGUCUAGCUGUUGGCUCUUUUAGUCAGAAUGAAGCUAACAUUAGCACAAGUGAGAGCUCUAUUUUUAUGCACCAAACAUGUUUUGAGACUCACUCUACUAAUUUGAAUCAUUUAGCUAUAACAAAUGAUGAUGUGGACAAUGGCGGUGUCUGCUUAGAGGCAACUACUGAAGCUGAAUCACAUUGUGUUAAAAUAGAACCCUGCCUUUAUACUGAAUCCUCUUCUAAAUUCACACCUCAAUCCUCAAGUAAAACCACAGCUCCUGAGCAGUCCCUGCUUGCCUUAUUACAAGAUAGGCAGGAACUUUUAAAACUCCUUGGGAACCAGAAUGUUGAUAAGCCUCUGACCAACGGGCAGUGUAAGCUAUUAACCAAGUAUGUUUUCAUCAACAAGUCCCCCAAGCGCAAAUCAAAGAAAAAAAAGUUUGGUGUGCUCUACAAGAAAGCAUUUAAACAUAUCUACAGAUCAAAGCUGCUUUUAAAAAAGCAGAAUUCAGACAUCCCAAAAGCACAGACAGAUGGCCUGUCCAACAUUACAAAGAAAAAUGGUUUUAAAGCUUUGGCCAGCAGCAACAUAAAUGGUAUUCAGUCAUCUAAGAAAAAGAAACAUAAGAAUGAAAGCAAAGCAUUCAGUAAGAAAAGUAACUCUUCAUCUGAAGUACAAACAAACUGUUAUAAAAGAAAAGUACUGAGCCUUACUGAAAAAGUGGAAAUAAUAAAAGCAAUGGACCAGGCAGAUAGUUCACUUGCCUCUGUGUUGGAACAGUUUGGAAUUUCUAAAACUUUGCUUUGGAGGAUUCUCAAAAGGAAAGAAGACAUCUUAUCCAAGCAUGAUGCAGGGGGACAGGUAAAUAAAAAGAUGAGAAGCAAAUGUAUUCCAGGCUUUGAUACAAAGAAAAACAAAAACGACUUUGAUGAAAAAGAUGGUAGCCAUCCUGAGGAAGAUGAAUGGUUGCUAUCCGAUUUUUCUGGAAUAAGGGCAAAGGGUAAAUUUCGAAACAGAAAGGAUUUGACGUUAGAGGAAAAAGUUAAAGUGAUUCAGGCUUUGGAGGCCCCAGGCACAAAAAUAAAUGCCAUGGCCAAGAAAUUUGGUGUUUCUGUUUCAUCUAUUAGUCGGAUAAACAAAAAUAAAGAUUUCAUAAUGCAGAAGUCUUCCAGUGGAGAUUCUAGUGGCAAGUCAAAGAGAUCCAGAGAGUGUAAGGAUCCAGAGCUGGACAGGGCAUUGCUCAAAUGGUAUCGGGCCAUAGAAAAACAUCAUCCUGAUAAGAAGAUUUCUAUUUCCAAUGUUCUUCUGAAAGAGAAAGCACAUGAUCUGGCAUCCAUCAUGGGCAAGAACUACUUUCCUUCUGAUAACUGGAUUAUUCGGUGGAAGCACAGACAUAACCUUAUGUCUAAGUCAAACAUGAUCCAUGACAGAGCAGAGCUUCAAAGGCAAGACACUGUCAACAUUGCAGACAUCCUGGAAAAAGAUGGCAAACUUCUGGAGCCCUCUGUGCAGAUCAAACGAGAAGAUGGCGUUCGCCAUGGUGAAAAACCAGAGCAGUUUUUCAUUUGCGAACAUUGCGGUGUUCUUACAAGUAACAAAAAAAGAAAAGAAAAUCAGCACUUGCCAGGUUGCCCGGCGUCUGCUAUUAGAAAAGAUCUCACCUUGGAAGAGAAGGUUCAAGUUGUUCGUGCAUUAGAAGAACCUGGUGUCAAAAUGAUUCACUUGGCCAAAAGAUAUGGUGUUUCUGCAUCUGCCAUAAGCCGAAUAGCUAAAAACCGUGUUGACAUCUUGGCCAGAAAGGCCAGUGGGCUCUCCAACAGCCAAAGAAAAAGAGACAGAACCAGCAAAGAGCCAGAGAUAGAGAAAGCUCUUUGUGAGUGGUUCAAAUUCCAACACGAGAUGGGGAUACACAUAUCUGGCUCCAUGAUCCGAGAAAAAGCAAGAGAUAUCGCACAAGUCAUGGGUAAGGACUUCUGGCCAUCGGAGAGCUGGGUCUUCCGCUGGAGGCAGAGGAACAAUGUGUCAGAUAUGAAUGCAGUCUUGUAUGCCAACUCUGAAAAUGAAGAUAACGAAUUGUCUCAUGAAAGUACAGUUAUGAAUGCUGAUGUCGAAGGUAUUUCUGAUAUUAAAGUCAGUUUCGGUGCAGAGAUGGCACCAGAGAAAUCUCUAGGUGAAAAUGAAAAUCAAAGUCAGAGUAAAAAAAAGAAAGAUGGUGAGUCCAGUGAGAAAAAAUGUAAAGUCCCAAGGUCUGUAAUGUGUGAAAAAUGUGGUUUUGUGUCUAGUCGUGUGAAGAAAAGCAGAAUUAAAAACCUUAGACACGCUAAAGGCUGCCCAGAUAUGAAGCCCAGGCAUGAACUGACAUAUGAAACUAGAGCCCAGAUGCUUAAAGCACUGGACAAACCUGGCGCCACUCUCAGCUCUGUGGCUCGGCAGUUUGGAGUCUCUGUGUCCUCCAUGUCCAGAAUCAACGCCAACAAAGAACGUAUACUAAACCACUGUCUAGAUCACAGUGAACAAAAGAGGAUCCGGUUCUGUAAAGAGCCUGAGGUGGCCCAGUGCCUUUAUCAGUGGUACUUGGAUAAGAAAGCAGAGGGUGUCCAUGUCACUGGGACAAAACUGAAAGAGAUGGCAAGGAAGAUGGCCGCUGACCUGGGCAGAGACUUCAAGGCUUCUAGCGGCUGGCUUGGCAGAUGGCGGCAUCGUUACAACAUUGUAAGUUCAACAAAGGGCAGCGACAAAACCAUUGAUGGAUCUCUGAAAAAGAAAAAGCAAAUUAAAAAACAGUGUCAGGUAAGUGAUGGUGCCAACCAGGUUGUACAUUAUCAUCCAGUCACCUCAGACGUGCAUCAAGACAGCCUUGGCAGCUCAACCAGUUUAAUGACAGAGCACAGUGACAUGCAACUGGGUUCACAGCAAAACCCUCAACCUCCUGUCUUUCUACAUCAGCGGUUCUCAAACCCCUGGGAAGCAUCUUCACAGCAGCCAAGCUCAUGUGUCUGGGGCAAAGACUUUAUAAGCCCCGCUUCAAGUAGCAUACAGAAUGAUGGGGGGAUACCAGUCACAUACGCCUACAAUGAUGAGAUUCCGAAGCCUGUUUUUCACAAUAUAUAUGAGCCAUUUCCUGGUGCAAGUUACCAAGUUGCUAUGCCAAUAGACUCUGCAUUGUUGUCCAGAGACUUUAUCAAGCCUGACAACAACGAUGACAAAAUGGGACAGGCCACAAGUCUUACAUCUCAUACCAGUCAUCACUCCAUUCCUCAUCACUCGCGUGCACUUCCUGCCAACCAUGGCACAGCUUCCAACCUUCAUCACCAUAUAGUCACUAACCAAAUCAACAUCCAGCACACGUCACUGCAGCCUUCAAUGCACCUUUCUCAAAUCUCUCACCCCUUGCCUCCGCCCUCCCCUGUUCUGAUGGACGAUGACGCUGAGCAGCAGCGGCAGGUCAUGGAGGCUUUUAGGAUCAUGAACUCCUUUGCUCAGAAAAAGUCUCUCGGGGACCAUGUGCAAGCAGCUUUGAGAACUAUUGAGAUGACGGUGAAAAGCCAGAGUAAAAAAAAUCCUUCCAGGCAGAGCUAUACCUCAAUCUGAAGCAUUGUAAUAUUAUUGCAAUAUUUUUGGGGGAAAGUUAAAAAGUAGGCUGUGAAAAAGAAAUGAAAUAAAAAAGAUAUAAAGAUACUGUACAAAGAAUAAAGUGAAAUGAAAAAAUUCAAAGGAUGAAUGAAGAUACUGUGUGUUUUCAAAGGAUUUAUGGGAUUGCUGGAUCUGAAUCUUGUCAAUAAAUGUUCUUGAAUAGUAGCAGAACUAUUAAUGUACUAAGAAUUACAUUGCUAAAGGUCUACACCUACAUGUACAGUUUGAUUUUUUUUGUCUGUUGACUGGUUUUUCUUUUACUAUUCAAGUACUACAUUGAUAGAUCACAGUUUUAGAGAAAUCACAAAACAUUUAACCCAAUUUCAAUGUCAACUAAAAAAGUGCUAAAUAUCUAAGAUUUAUUUCUUAGUUGAAUUUUAGAAAACAAAAUUUCUAAAUUAUGCACAGAAUGCAUUGUCAUUUUUUGCUAACCAAAAGAUGCUUUAUACUUCUUUGUUACACACUCAAUGUGACAGUUAUGUUUUUGAAAUAGUCCCUAGAAUGUAUAUGAUUGACUUGAUUUAUGAUUAAAUGUUGAGUUAUUGUAUAUUGUGUACAUACGUUUUUUUUGUUUGUGUGUGACCAAUGUAAGGUUGUUGUUUAGCCAGGGGUUUUAUUUGAGAUUACUAUGUGGCCAACAGGAGUACAAAUUUAAUGUUAGAAAAGCUUAUCUAAUAGAGUUCUAGAAAUCCAAGGAAUAAAGAAUAUAUAUAUCUGCUUAAAGAAAAUUGUUAGCCAACAUAAACACUUUAACUUAUGCUUCUGACAUACCAGGAAAACAUGUUAGUAUUACAAUUGAUUUUUGAUGUCAUUUGUGCAGUGAGAAACACAGGGCCUCAGUAAAAACAUGCUACUCUCAACGGUCUCUUGCUAGUUUUUUAAUGGCUUCCCAGCUCUUUUCUGUCCUCUGAGCUUCAUCUAGUACACAGCAUCGCCAUGUUCUUUUUGGUCUUCCUCUACAACUUCUACAUAGUGCUAUACAAAUAUCUAGUGAAAAAAUAUCAGUAUGUGAUUUAUAGGCUAACGAACAUAAAGUUACAAUAGUUUAUACAAUAUUUUUGGAUAAUAGGACAACUACCUGUUCCAUAUCAUGAAAUUACUUUAUAAACUAGU